CUAAGAUGUCAACAAACACCACACAACACAUCUUACUUUUAGUUUGCAAAGGCUGUUCGUUGGAAAUUUCAUCCUAUCCAUCUCUCUCCUCUUUUUCUCCUCUCUAUAAACUCUCAUCUCUCACAUUUUUCUUUUCUUGCAUUCUCCAACAAGACCUCAAAUUUCAUAUACCUUAUUCUUACUAGCUCAUGGAUAAUACCAACCGUCGUCGCCUUCCUGAUCAACACAUAGUCACUCUCCAAGUCCAAGACUCUGAAGAAGUGAGCAGUAUCGAAUGGAAGUUUAUCAAUAUGACAGAACAAGAAGAAGAUAUCAUCCUUCGAAUGUAUAGACUUGUCGGUGAUAGGUGGGAUUUAAUAGCAGGACGAGUGCCAGGAAGACAACCAGAAGAGAUUGAAAGAUACUGGAUAAUGAGAAACAGUGAUAGCUUUGCUGAAAAACGACUCCAACUUCACCACUCUUCCUCUCAUAAAAAUAACAAACUUCAUCGUCCACGUCCGUCUGUUUACCCUUCUUAGUUUUCUUUUCGAGAAUGACCUUUCUUAGUUUUUAUUGUCAUUUAUAUUUUAUUCUAUUUUUCUGCCCCCACAACAAAAAAUGGUGUAAUAGUUGUUCUUUUAAUUAGCUCAACGAAAUUUUUAUGUU